AUGACCGCUGCGGCUAAACUGCUGCCAUAUGAGCACAUGCCCUGCAUCGCUCACAUGCUACAGAGAAGCAUCAACACACAGCGCAGCAAACACCAUGGAGCUUCAAGCACAGCAAGCGGCCCUGGGACAGCAGCAGGAGCCACUGAUCCAAGACGUGCCAACGCGGUGGAAUUCCACGCUGGAAAUGAUCAAGCGCCUGAACCGCAAUCAAGCAGCAAUAAAAGCAACCCUGGACCAACAACACCACAAACUGGUUAUGCUGACUCCACAAGAAUGGGACAAACUGCAGAUACUGAGCACUCUCCUAGAGCCCUGCAGACUACUGAUGAUGAUGAUGAGGAUGUAAAAGUAGUUGGUGAGAUUUCCAGUGCCGUUUCCACUACAGCCCCAACUUCUAUGCCCAUACCUACCACUUCAAUACAAUCUUGUUCUCCUACACCCACCACAAGUUUUGAGGAUGAGGGACAGUGUCCCAUUUGUUUAGACAUAUUUACACAGAGAGAGUUGCCCAUGCAUGCAAGUGUAUGUGGAGAUAGCGUAUUACAGACACUGGAUUAUGAGAGCAGUCCUCCAUGUGGCACACCUGUACAGCAAAACCAAGGCCCAGACAUGGAAUGUCCAGAUGAUGUAUUGAGUUUGAUGGCAAGUAGGGUAGAUGACUGCAAGGAUUUCAAGAUCUGUGUAUCUCGAACUGACUUCUAUCAAAGAGCUAUGUUACAGUGGCAAAGACAAAAGAGGGGAUCCCCAGCCAAUACUUUGCGUGUCACAUUUUUGGGGGAAGCAGGUGUUGACACAGGGGCCAUUCGUAAGGAAUUUCUAACAGAUCUGAUUGGUGAGAUUGAGAAACACCUCUUCGAGCAUAGAGGACACCAGAGAGAGAAAAGCCCCAUAUAUUCCCUAAGUAAUCUGGAGAAGGGAUUUUUCAGGACUGCCGGAGAGGUGUUUUCAGUUAGUCUUGCUUUCAGUUAG